GGCGGCGGCCGGUGCGGCGGCGGCCCCGAGGAUGCUGCGGCUGCGCUGCAAGGCCCGGAGCGGCUCGCACGCGCUGCCGGGGCUGUCGCCGCACUCCCGCCUCCGCGACAUGCAGGCCGCCCUCGCCGCGCUCACCGGAGUGCCCGCGCCCGCACAGCGCCUCCUGCACGGCUUCCCGCCGCGCAGCCUCGACCUCAGCGACGGCGAGCGGCGGCUGGGCGAGCUCGGCAUCCACUCGGGUGACACUCUGAUCGUGGAAGAGGACACAUCCAAACCCGAGCCCGGCUCGCCGGUGGUAGCCAAGAAAGCGAUGUCCCAGCCCGUCAGAGAAGCCGUGCCCGUGCUGGCCAGGAGGGUGGUGCCAGCAGACAAUUCCUGCCUGUUCACCAGCGUGUUCUACGUGGUGGAGGGCGGCGUGUACGACCCCGGCUGCGCCCCGGAGAUGCGCAACCUCAUCGCCCAGAUCGUGGCCAGCGACCCCGAGUCGUACUGCGAGGCCGUGCUGGGCAAAACCAACAGGGAAUACUGUGACUGGAUCCGCAGGGAGGAGACCUGGGGAGGAGCCAUCGAGGUGUCCAUCCUGUCCAAGUUCUACCAGUGCGAGAUCUGCGUGGUGGACACGCAGACCGUGCGCAUCGACCGCUUCGGCGAGGACGCGGGCUACAGCAAGCGCGUGCUGCUGAUCUACGACGGCAUCCACUACGACCCCCUGGAGCGCCGCCUGCCCGCCUCGGACCUUCCUCCCCAGACCAUCUUCCCCAGCAGCGAUGACGUGGUGCUGGCGCAGGCUCUGGAGCUGGCGGAUGAAGCUCGCAGGAAGAGGCAGUUCACGGAUGUGAAUCGCUUCGCCCUGCGCUGCAUGGUGUGCCAGAAGGGACUGACGGGGCAGCUGGAGGCCAGGGAGCACGCCAGGGAGACUGGACACACCAACUUCGGGGAGGUGUGAGCUCAGCAGCACGAGGAGGGUGCCAUCGACUACCUCAGCGCUCCGGAAUCAGAUUCUGGAGUCUCAGAUAAGCUGUUUGUAAUCAUAAAAUUCCGUUCACAGAGCUUGAAAAGCUUAUUAACUAAUUAACUAAAUUAACUUCAUGGUGGCCAACGCGCAGGUUUGGGAAUAGGGGAUUGGGAGUAGGGAUGGCACUUGGGCUGGUGGUGGACAGUGGCAGCCACACCUUGAUUUCAUCACCUUCUCUGUGUGUGUGUGUGUGUGUGUGUGUGUGUGUGAGAGAUCUGAGCAGACAGACACAGCCAGGCUUGUCCAGCACUGCUGUAAAAUCCAUCUCUGAGGUGCUGAAUGUGAGAUCUGAACAGAGAGACACAGCCAGGCUUGUCCAGCACUGCUGUAAAAUCCAUCUCUGAGGUGCUGAAUGUGUGACCUGAGCAGACAGACACAGCCAGGCUUGUCCAGCACUGCUGUAAAAUCCAUCUCUGAGGUGCUGAAUGUGAGAUCUGAGCAGACAGACACAGCCAGGCUUGUCCAGCACUGCUGUAAAAUCCAUCUCUGAGGUGCUGAAUGUGAGAUCUGAGCAGACAGACACAGCCAGGCUUGUCCAGCACUGCUGUAAAAUCCAUCUCUGAGGUGCUGAAUGUGAGAUCUGAACAGACAGACACAGCCAGGCUUGUCCAGCACUGCUGUAAAAUCCAUCUCUGAGGUGCUGAAUGUGAGAUCUGAACAGACAGACACAGCCAGGCUUGUCCAGCACUGCUGUAAAAUCCAUCUCUGAGGUGCUGAAUGUGUGACCUGAGCAGACAGACACAGCCAGGCUUGUCCAGCACUGCUGUAAAAUCCAUCUCUGAGGUGCUGAAUGUACAUUUUCAGGGGAAUUCAGUUAAUCUGAGGCUUUGGGAAACACACAUAUCAGCAUCACUCACACUGAGAGUUGGGCUCUGCUCAUAUGUGCAGCUCUCAGAGGUUAAACUGCUUGUGUGGUGCAUGAUUUGUAAUGGAAAUACCAAGUACAAUAUCAAAAUACAAUUUGUAGUGGAAAAAGGAUCUCUGAGCUGCCCUGCACCAUCAGGAAUAUACUGUGUAGUUUGUGUGCAGAGAACUUUAGGGAAAGCAAUGGCCUCUAAGCUUUAAGGUAGCCUUUAAAUUAAUGAGUAGAUGGAUAAGUGUUGAAUAAAACUUAUUAAUCCUCCGUAGGUAGUUUUUAGUUGCUUGAAAAAUAACUCUGAACCCCCUGGUGUUUACACUGCAUCAGAGCAUAAGCAUGUUUCCUGGAAUACUUGGGAUUCUUCUUCAUAAUAGCAUUGGAAAUUCCUGCAAGAGGGAAGUGAGUAGUUAGGGAAGUGACUUAAUUUGCAUCUGUUAAAUGCAUUGAAUAUUUUACUUGAGUAGAGCCAAUUAAGGCCAUGGUGUUACUAAGCUGUUCCAGUUUCCAAAUACUGUGAAUGAGCACUUUAAGGUUGAGUUCUCACUCUUUGCUGGUCAAAAGUUUUGCCCUCUGAAGGCCAGAGCCAGAAGGGAGGCUUGAAAUUCCAUCUGCUUUCUGCCUUAAUGUGUUUGAUUUGUCACCACUGCCUGUGGAGUAGCAAGACUUUCAUUGUGAUAAUGAGAUAUCACAGCUGAAUAUUCAGAUGAAAAUCAUCUGGGGAAAGUUCCCCACUCCUUGGACUGUUCAGAAUCAGGGAAGGUAAAAUUGGUUUAAUUGGAAUUAUUUUACCUCACAGUGAAGCUUGACAGGAAGUGCUUUUGAGGGCUUUUAAAAGGUGCUGUAAAGGUGCAUAUUACUGAAGGGGAUUUAUGUUGUUUUUAUUUUUCUUUGAAAUGCCUGCAACACAUCCUUGUUUCUUGAAUUUUAAAAUACCCUUUGCCUGCCAUUCUUCUGUUACUGUUUUGAGUGACCUUCCUUGUACUUUUAGACUGGGGAACAAGAAGGAGCAUGCUCAGACUGAGGCAGAAAUAAACCCACUUUGCACGUGGGUUUAACCUAAAACCCAGUUUGAAAGGGCUCUGUUCCCUCAGGCACCUGCCCAAACUGGUGCAGCCACACCACUUUUUCUGCAGAAAUCCCAUUUCUAGGAUUCUCAGCAGAGGCUCCCAGUUGGAUCCUGAAAUACAGGAGGGUUGUACUGAAGAAAGAACAUAAUUACUUAAGUGCUUUGCUGAAUUAAGGCAUGAAUAAUGAAACAGCCUAGGAUCACCCAGAGCACUGUGGACCUGGGUUUGUUUUUAAUUCAGUAUUAAAACACACAUUAGCACUGUUGGGAGUUCCCCACAGAAAGCCACUUAGCUUCCAGUGUUAAACCCCACUCUGCUUUUAGCCUGUCAUUAGGAAAAGAAGAUAAACCCCCCCAAAACCCAACAUUAAACCCAGCCCUGCAGAAGCUGAUGCCUAAACCCCUCCAGAAGUAGCUGACAGUUCAAAGGAGCUUGAAGAUUACACUGUGUUCUAACUACUUGAGCUGAAGUACUGGCUAGGAACGAGACCAAGAGACUGGAGCCCCAGGUGUGCUCUCAGCUCUCCCAGGGCAGCAGGGCCAUGCCUGGGACAAGGAGCUGACCCUCCCCCUUUGCCAUCUGUCACAUGGACACAAUACCUACCUCAGAGAGGUGCACCAGGUGUCUUUGAAACACAAGUGGAAGAUCCAUAUUUAUUGUCUGCCUUGACUUUGGGGAGCAACCCUUAGAUUUUAGCUUUGUGUCCUGGAUGGAUUUCUCAAAGUGUGUGAAACCUUUUUUUUUUUUUUUUCCUUUUUUCCCCCUGGUAUUUCUCAGUUGCAGUAUUUGAAAAAUGAGCUUUAUUUAAUCCAGAGUGUUGGGCUUUGCUAGAUCAUGUUUGCAUUGGGAAUCUGCUACCAGAGAAUCAAUUCCCUUGGAGGGAGACGUGUCACUAUCACUGCUUGGAUGUUCUCUUUUGUUGCCUAGAAAAAUAAAAUCUCUUUGGUUAAAAAAGA